AUGUCAGAUUAUGAAUUUGGACAUUUACAUCAAUCAACAUUAGAUAAGAUUAUUCCUGGAAAUAUCUUAGAAAAUUUGGAUGAGUAUUUGAAUCAAUUUCCAUAGAGAUAUAAUAAUUUCAUAUAAUUUAUGAGAUAGAAAAAAUUGUAACAGAUAGAUGAUUAGUUUUCAAUAAAAUCAAGAUUAAGUGAAAGAUCAGGAAUCUCUUCUAUUAGUAUUUAAAAAUUUAAAGAUCAAUAUGAAUAAAUGCUAAUGAAUUAAUAAUAAUCUGAUUAAUCUAAUGGAUUUAACCAUUAUCGUUCUUAAGCCUAAUCUUAAACUGGUCAUCAAUAAUAGACUUAAAUGAAAUAAAGUCAUAAGAUUUUGAGAAGUGAAAGUAAGAAACCUUCAUCAAGAACAUAUUUUGGAAAAUAAUCACAUCCAUAAAGAGUAUCACAUGAUGUAUAAAGUAUGUAUUUAAUUUAUAUAUUUAGUAUUCAAAGAAAGAGUUAGUGUAAAACCAUCAAUAAGCAAAUUUGAUACAUUUUAUGAUAGCAUAAAAUUGUAAAAAAUCUUAAAAAUUGCAGCAUUAUCCAAAAAUAUUUCUUAUAAAUUCAUAAUGUGUUAUGUACUAUUAAUUAUUUAAAUAGUUCUGGGAAUAAAUGAUUGAAGAUUGUAAUAUCAUAAUGACUAAUUACAAUAAAUAUAUAUUAUAAAUAGAUACUUAUAGAGGUAUAUUAAGAUAAUUGGGGUAUUUCAUUUUAUGUUAAUUUUAGAGUUUCUAAAUAAGUUUUUAUUGAAGAUGAUUAUUAAGCAGAAAUAUUUUUUGAGUAAUAAUAAGUUGAAUAUGGUUCAAUGUUUGAGAAAUAUAGUUUCAUAUCUCUCAAAGAAUCAUAAAGCACAAAUAUCUAUUUUUCAUAUAAAAAAUUAGAUGGUUCAAUUUAAAAAACUAUCAAUUUGAAAUGUCAAUUUAGACAAUGUAUUUAUAAUUACUCAUCAGUAAAAUAUUUAUAUAUAAAAUUUAGUUGAAUCAAAUUUCUUAUAAUACAGCAUUAAGGAUUCUUAAAUAAAGUAGUGAAUACUUAACUGAUUAAAUAAAGAAUAAAAAAAAAGUAAUUGAAUUUCCUAAAGUUGAUAUUAAAAGUAUAUAAGCAUUAAGAACCAAUAAAAAAUCGAUAAAAUUAGAAACUUAUAUUAAUAAGUAUAUAAAAAAAUAAUAUAUUUAGUCAUUCUAAAUAUAAGUUUAUAUAUUCAUCGAGAUUAAUGAUGAAUGUAAUAGUGACUAUUUUAUAUAAAAAUGAAAGAUUUUAUUUUUAUUUGGAAGAUUGUUAAAAACAAAUAGAAUUUUCAAUCAAAAUGUCAAUCAAAUCUGUUUAAGAUAACAUUCCUCAUAUAUCAAUGCUUCUACAAUGUUAAUAAGAAUAUAUAAUUGGAUAAAGAUUGUUAUCAACUUAUAAAAACUUUUUAAUAAUAAAAGCAUAUGA